CAGCAUUGCAGGGGAGUAAGCCGUGUGUGAUAUACUACAAGAGAGAGAGAGUGUGUGUGUUCGCACCAGAGGAGUCUUUAACACACACACACACACACACACACACACACACACACACACACACACACACACACACACACACACACACACAUUGUUCUAAGCUUUGGGCUCCGGAGCGACUGCAGGACAGAAAGCAGCUUUGAGUGCCGAGGAGGGAAAGUGAAGAAGAAGAAGCUGAUCAGAGUGAUCCGUUGUGUUUCCACCACAGAGGAAGAAGAUGUCGAACGCUCUGCUGAGGAGGAACUCCAGCAAACAGGGUCUGCAGAACCUGAUGAGGCUGACGGCUCAGAGGAGCGUGGAGGACGCUGAGGAGCUGGAGAGGGAGCGGCGCCGCAGAGCGAGGGAAUCCUACUGCUGGACGGACCGAGGCUCGAUGCCCGGAGACACUUCACCGGAGGACGGGACGCCGGCAGAGGAGAGCAUGUACGACGGCGCCCUGAAGCCGAGCAGCUCUCCGUCUCUUGAGGAGGACGAAGGCUUCAGCGAUUGGACGCAGCGAAGAGAGAGGAGGAGGCAGCAACGCCUGCAGGAGCUCAGCAAGGGAGGCGAGGAAGAGGAGGAGGAAGAGGAGAACAGGAAGAACAAAUCUGCAGCCGUGAAGGCCGUCCAGACCUCCGUCACCUCCUCCAGCCGACUCCAGAGACAGGAGCACCAAGACGACGGAGAAGAAGACAGGGUGGAGAUGGAGAGGAGGAAGCAGCAACAAGAGGAGGAGGUGAAUCAAGUUGAGAGGAUGAGGAGGAAGAAAGAGGAGGAAGAGGAUAAGAGGAGGGGGGAGGAGGUGAUGACCAAGAGGAAGGAGGAGGUCCAUCGGCCGAAAGAGGUGGAGAAAAGAAAGGAGGUGAAGAUCUCCUACACAUCCAAGGUGUUCCUGAACCAAGAGCCCAAACAGAGCAAAGCCAACGGAGACGCAACCAGAGAGGGGGAGACGACGUUCGGGAGCCAGAAGACAAAGAGAUCCACCAGAUCUGCCCCCCCGGAGGAGGCGGAGGCGAUCUUGGAGACGGAGCGGCGUCUGGAGAAGAUCCGGCUCGGCCUGCAGCAGAAGGGGAGCCAGGAGAUGGAGCAGCUGAGGCUCCGGCAGCUAGAGGCCGAGCAGGAGCUGCAGGAGCUGAAGAAGAGGAGGGAGGAGAGGCGCAGAGUCCGGGAGGAAGAGGAGCGUCGCAGGGAGGAAGAGGAGCAUCAGAGGCUGGCCAAAGAGGAGGAGGAGAGGAGGAGGAUGAAGGACGACAUUGAGAGGAGGAGGGUGGAGGCUGCAGAGAGGAUGAAGAGCCUGAGUACCUCCAGCGUGGACGGAGACGAGACGUUCAGUCCCUUCAGCCCCAAGACCCCCACACACAAGAUCACAGAGAGGACCGAGUCUCUGAACCGCUCCCUGAAGAAGAGUAACAGCUUCAAGAAGACGCAGCCGCUCUGUCUGCUGCCCAAGAUCGACGACAAGAGGGAGCAGUACGCCCACGCUGUGGAGAACUCACAGGAGGCGCGGGCAGUGAAGGCAUCACUGAGCGACCUGCCCGGCUCACCUGAGGUCGUCUCCUCCAAGAAAAACCUGUUUGAGGCCGGAGAGGCCUGGAGCCAGAGUCCCAGCAGGGGGGCCAGCUGCAAGGACGCUGAGGGGCUGAAGGUGGGCGUGGCCAACCGGAUCACUCAGUGGGUGAAGGGUCCGACUGACGGCAGCAAACCAUCGCUUAAACCCGCAGACGUGAGGCCCGGAGAUGUGAUGCAGAAAAAGAACAUGUGGGAGAUUAUCGGAGACUCGACAGGGCGACAAGGGCAAAGUGCUAAGGGCUCAGCAGCUGCUAAAAAGUACAAAUUUGUCGUCACUGGUCACGGGAAAUACGAGAAGAUCCCCGUGGACGACGAUGGAGCAGAGUUCACUAACGGGGAGAACGAUUUAUAUCGGGACGAUUACUGAGGAGGUUUCCGGUCUCCAGGUGGUUUUCACCUCGAUCCAAAAAAGACGUCUGCUGGCUGUAAAGACAUCAUGCAUGACCAGAUUUCAUAUAUCAUUCAUUUCCAAUAAGUCGCUUUCUCUGACUCAAAAGUCCAAAAUAAUUAAUCCUCAAAUCUCCAUUUUUUUAUUCCCUCUUGGUUUUGUAUUUCCCGACAUUCAGUUUUUAUUGUGUAUAUAUCUGACUGAGCCUCAAUGUUUCUGUGCUCCUCUCCACUGCAGUGUUCAGCUGAACCCUUCCUAAUGUCUGGUUGUCCUUGUGUGAUGGUGUGUAGGAACACUUUUUGCAUGUUUCCCGUGGUUCUUUUAUCUGCGCUGCACUUACACAUUGGCUAAAGAACAAUCUGAAAACUGCUGCUGGAGACAUACUUUGUCAAAAACUGGAAAAGCAGAGUUAAUAGUGAUUAUAAACAUGCAGCCAAAACAGAUCAUUUGAUUUGGUGUCUUUUUAAUGUCAACAUCCUUAACCCCCCCUACAUCUCAUCUCAUUUCCUGUUGGUGUUUUUAUGGAGCUUCUCUCUGUUCUACUGCAGACAUCUUCCAUCUUUAAUUUGCAUAUUCUGAGGUGACUGAUUGUUUGUAACCACUUUUCUUAAAUAAAUUAAAAUAUUUUCUAAUUUUG